AUGUCAGAAGGAGAAAAAGAAGACAUAAAGCCAGACUUGCCAGAGCCAAGCAUUGACAUAAAGUUCGGGUGUAUGAGAGUCCGCUAUUGGUGGUAUGUCAUUUUAUCGUUCCAAAGCAUCAUUUUAAUCCUUAUGCUUGGCGCUCUCUUCUCUGAAAGCUGGGCAAAACAAGGAAAAGGCGAUAACAAGUGGAAAGGAAGUUUAAACUAUAUUACAUCUCCUGACCUAAGUCUAAAUCCUCUCCUUUAAAUUGGAACCAAAAAAACUUUUCCAAAUUUAGAGGGGCUAACUUACUCUGCUUUAAAAAUGAAAUGUAAAUAGAAUACUAUUUAAACAACACUAAUACUAUAGAUAAAUUUCAAUUUUGCGAUAUUAAACUGGUUAUUAAACCUAUUUAAUUAAAAAAAAAUAUAAUUUUUACCUAUAAACAAUAAAUUAUUAAUGUCAAAUAGUUAAUUUACCCUAAAAAUGAUAUUUUGUUCCAAUCUAAAGGGGAGUAAGUUAAUUAUUAUAAGUUCUAGAGGACAUUAAAAUCAUGAAACCUUCUGAUUCUGACCUCGCCUUUCUAUAUUUAAUAAUAUCUCCUGACAAUUAUGAGUAUUUUGACUACAUCGAUAUGCAAAAAAUUUAUUGCGAUAUGGACACUACUAAGUGAAGCUACGACUCCGAUCUUGCUGAUGCAUUAUGCAAAACGUUUAAAAACAUGAGAGGAGCUGGAGCUGCGUUCAACUUUUUUGAAGUUUUGGCCUACGUAGCUACCGUUCUCUGAAUGAUAAGAGUUCUUUACUCUUUACUAGAAAAAAAAUUCCUUCCUAACUGCUGGGGAUAUGUUUGGCCUUCAUUAGGGCUAUUUUUCCAUAUAUUAGCUGAAAUUAUUUGGAGCGGGGCAACCGGCGCAAAGUUUAAUGGAUCUUGUGAUAAACUAAAUAGCGGCAGCGACCCAGAAGACAUCUGUGCAACUCAAGGACCAGCUGUGGUACUAGUGGCCACUUUAAUCUAUAUAAUUAUAGCAACAAUUUUUUAUAUAGUCUACAAAUAUAUACAUAAAAAUAGUGACAAUAGACCACCCGACCUCUCGAUUUUAUUACCUCAACACCUUCAGGUGGCCCAGUGUUGGGGAUUUAGGUGGAAAAGGGAUUGGUAAUCCUUUGUGUAUGCCGGGCUGGGUUUUCUCUGAGCCCCAGGAAGCUAAUUCAUGGGACUUGGGGUUUUUUCUCCAGAACAACCAUUGGAAAGGGCAAGGUCGGCCAUAGUCUGUGGGCAAUAUGACUCACAGACCUAGAAGACCAUAUUUGCCUAACGAGAAACUGGGAGUUUCGACCCAGGUGGUUGACCCUCAGACUCCAGGAGCCAUGGAAGCCAAGACUGGUGUGUGCGAAUCCCUUGUUUGCGGCAACAAGUAAGGGUGUCCGUCGAGGCCUCAACAUAGGCGAUGAGCGUGUAGGGGUGCAAAUCCCCGGCCCUGCAAGUGCGAACGGCUUAACUUAAUCUUAAUCUUAUAUAGUCUACAACAAGAGAAGAGGGAUCAAGGAAGAAGAGCUGGAGACUGAUAAUUUGCAUGCAGGAGGUGGCAGUCUUAAUAAUAAUGGUGUUUAA